AUGCGGCAGAGGCCAGAUCCCCAGAUACCACCCGUACCUUUGCCAGUUCCACAGAUGCAGCCACCACCACCACUUCCACAGCAACCACCACAAAUUCCACCAGACCUGAAUCUACCUCCACAACAUCUCCCACAUCAAAACAUGUUACCUCAUCUGCAAGAAGACAUCCCUCAACCCCAAAGACCUCAUCUGAAUCUACAUGACAUCCCCGUACGGCCGUUAAAAUCAGAUGACAUGCAGCCUGCACUUCAAGCCAUUCCACAACAGAUGCCGCCAUUGCCUCAGCCUGGUAAUGUUUUUAACUCUGUUUGUAACGAUAUAUCGUUACAUGUUUCAAAUCAAUUAAAGCAAAAAAUAUGGAAUGGUGAAUUUAUAAAUUUAGCUCUGUUAUCGUUCAAACAGCCCGAGCCGGAACAAGAAAUCACUCCGUUAAAUAAUGGUCUUCUUGGAUUCAAACCAAAAACAAGUAACGAAAAAGUAUUUCCAUUGAAAAAUGGACUGAUUUAUUUGUGA